UGUUGUGCUUACACCAGCAGUUCCAUGCAGUGGCGUAGUAAAUGUGAUGCACUCAGGACUGAGUAAACAUCAGAGAAAGAGAGAAGAGUAGAUUAUAUAACAUCGUACUCCUCCUUGGCAGAUUCAGAUUCAGCUUCGUUGCUUAAAUUCCCCUCUCUUUCUCUCUUUCUCUCCCCUGGAUGAGCAGCAACAGCAGGACUCUGUAUCCAUCGACCCGGACAAGCUGCACCCUCCUCCUUCUCCUCUGGCUCUUUUCCUGCUCACCGUUCCCUCCCUCUUUCACCCACCCUCCAUCUUUUGCAUUCUAAACUCCCUGAUCCUCCUCCUCAUCUCUCUGCUGUGGAUGUCCUCCUCACUUACAGUAUGGACUCGAGAGGGGAAGGAGGAGAGGGUUGGAUGGAGGACCAGUGGGAGAAAUGGUUGACCCAUGACAUCAGCCUGGAUGAGUUUGAAGAUGACGACCUGUCGGAGAUUACAGAGAUCACAGAUGAGUGUGGGAUGAGCCUCAACUGUAAUGGCCCAGAUAUUAAAGGCCAUGUGAGGCGAGGAACCAAUAGCAUGUCGGGGAGGGCAGAGCUGGGGGCUGUUGGGAAGCUUCAGACAGAGAUGCUGCAUUUGGACCUCAUAGACGGUGCUGACAGUUACCAGGGUGAUAAAGAGUCAUUGAAGGCAUCUGCCAUUGCACCUACACCAGCCACCAAGGACCCGGCAGCACCUGUUACUAUGGAUACAUACCGCCCCAAGAGACCCACGACCCUUAACCUCUUCCCAAUUGUGCCACGCACACAGGACACAUUAAACAACAACUCUCUUGGUAAAAAAUACAGUUGGCAGGAGAAAGUUUCAGUCUCGUCUUCACCACUUAAAACAGGUGAGCUCACCCCUCCACGUGAGCACAGCUGUCUGAGUGACAAGGACAAGGUUCAGGGUGGGGGAGCACAGACCAAAGACUGUGGGACCUCCACAGAUGCCCCCUGCAGACAUAGCUCUGGACACUCACAUGGCUCAUCAACAGCAGCUGUGAUAUGCUCCAAGCUUCAGGAGAAGCCACCUGCUCCUCCACCACCACAGAACUACACACCAGCUCCACUGUACCCAGCAGGAAAAGCAGAUGGAGGCGGGCACCAUCGGGAGAGGAUCCGGUAUCACACGGAUGUUCAUCCAGAGCCCACAGAGGAGAUCUAUCUGACUCCUGUACAGCGAUCUGCUGAAGCCCUAGAACCUCCCAACACACAGAACCGACCCUUCCUCUCACAGCAGACUGAGCAGGGCCGCAUGUCCAUCAGCUCAGACACUGAGGGCCCACCUCCCUACCAGCCCCUCCCAGAUAGGACAAACCCCUCUAUCGAUGAGGAGGAUGAGGUCUAUGUUGCCCUACCUUCAUAUGCUUCCUGCGUGGAGGCCCUCAUCACACCACCCAGCACAGCUUUCUCAGCUCACACCUCCCUCGCCCUGGACCUCAGCUUGAAGGGUGAAGGAACGGGUGCUGGGGUUAUGCUGAGAGCUGGGUCAUCAGUUGAGUAUGUGGACGCCACAGAUGAAAGCUACUGUGGAGAGGACGAGGAUGUGGACAGGGUAAUCAUGGAUGGAAGAAUUAGGAAGGCAGUAGGACAAGGUGAUAUCAGUGGAAACAGCAAAGCUGCCCCAGUAAGGACUUCCAUGAGCUCCGAGGCCAGUGGUCUUUCAUAUGACUCAGUCAAAUACACGUUAGUGGUGGAUGAGCAUGCUCAGCUUGAAUUGGUCAGUCUUCGGCAGUGUUACAAAGGUUACAGUGAUGACAGUGACACGGCCACCAUCUAUGACAACUGUGUCUCCUCUCCCUACGAGUCGGCCAUUGGGGAGGAGUAUGAGGAUGAUGAGGAGGAGGAAGAGGCUCAUAUAGGAGGAGUCAGGAGAGAGGCCACGGCAUGUCUGUCUGAGGAAUCCACUCCCGAAGUAGACCUGCCCUUUUCCAAGAAGUUCCUCAAUGUCUUCAUGAAUGGACACUCAAGCUCCUCUAGUGCUGAAUCUUUUGGUGUAUACUCAUGCAUCAUAAAUGGUGAUGAGCGGGAUCAGAGCCACAGAGCCAUCUACAGGUUUAUCCCUCGACAUGAAGAUGAGUUGGAGCUGGAGGUAGAUGAUCCGUUGCUGGUGGAGGUCCAGGCGGAGGAUUUCUGGUACGAGGGCUACAACAUGCGGACUGGUGCCCAUGGGAUCUUCCCUGCUUACUAUGCCAUAGAAGUGACCAAGGACACAGAAAGCUACAAAGGUACUGACAGUGAAAGUACUGGCAGUGUUUUGAAUAAUACUUUACUAAAGAGCAGUGAGUGGAUGGACAAGUAUCGGCUGAAAUUCCUGGGAUCAGUCCAAGUGCCCUGCCACAAAGGAAAUGAUGUUCUGUGUGCUGCUAUGCAGAAGAUCGCCACCAACAGAAGGAUGACAGUCAAGUACAAUCCACCUUCCUCCUGCAUCCUGGAGAUCAGUGUGAAAGGCAUCAAGCUUGCAGUUCAAGAGGAUUAUUAUGCUUGUGACAGAAGUAAUGAAUGCAGUCACUUCUUCCAAUUAAAGAAUGUCUCCUUCUGCGGCUAUCACCCCAAAAACAGCAAAUAUUUUGGUUUCAUUACGAAACACCCAGCUGACCAGAGAUUUGCCUGCCAUGUGUUUGUGUCUGAAAACGCCACUAAACCCAUCGCAGAGUCAGUAGGGAAAGCCUUCCAGUUGUACUAUAAAGAGUUUGUGCAGUUCUCAUGCCCUACAGAGGACAUCUACCUGGAAUAGCAUUGCCCUGCAUUCAGCCACAGAAUUGUACAUUAUACUGUAUCAUAGCAUAACUUUGCAUGGGGGACGGGCAUAAUCUGAUUUCAGUAUAUAAAAACCAACAUUUGACAAAUUGGAAAAGCAGUUGAAAACAGAUGAAACCUUUGGAAAGCAAGAGGAAAUUAAUAUGUGCCAAAGGUGACAUGUAGAGGACUUAAUAACAUGCACAAGCACAAAUGAUCUUUCAGCACACCCUUGGCUGUACUAGUUAGUCUGUAGAAUUGUCUCUGCAGGUGAAACACUGAAGGCCAUGGUGUUGUUUCUGCUGCUUCGGGCUGCACUACAACAAUUGACUGAUAACAGAACUAACAACCACUUUUGAGCUUGACUGCAUAAUUUACGUCUAAACGUAAAGGACUUGUACGUAACUAAAUUAGAACUAAAUCAACACAGAAAUUAUAUUCCAAGUGAAACAAAAAACAUGUAGUAACAACGAACUCUCCUGUUAGCAUACCUAAUAGAGGAAUGCACUGGAAACCAUUCAGUAACUUGUUGCCAGUAGACAAACACGUGAACACAUGACAAACACACACGUGAUCAUAAGCAACCACUGAAAUGCACCGAGCAUAAUGUAUUCUUUUAAUCUUUUUAGUAGCUUCUUUUAGUGCCAUUGUGCUAAGUGAAAAUACUAAACUGAAAAGGUCUAAGGAAAGCUGUAUCCCUACUUUUAGUCAAGAAUACUAAGUCAGUGUCAGUGUCAGAAUACACUUGACUGUGUGUUCUAAAAUGGCAUGAAAUCAGUGACAAAAAAGUUUAAUGCCAGAAAAAAGAUACAUCUGGUUAUAGGCUCAGUGGUGGUAGAAGUUGUGGCAGGAGGUCAGACCUUCAAAUAUUAUUUCUUAGUACAUUAUUUUACAAACUCUCCAGGCACCAGAAAUGUAAAAUGCUCUCAGGGUGGCUGUGAUGACAUAAAAAGGCUGGUCCUCAGAUCAGAUGAUGCCGGUGCUGACGAGGGAGCGUAAACAAAACUUUGGUGUCCUCAGAUCCUCACUAUUAGUGCCUCUUUCUCAUCAGAUCAUUUUGACCUCCCUCAGUAUAUAUAACGUUUCCAUGCACAGUUAAGUCAAGCAAUGCUUGUAGCUCUACUAUGCCUUGGACUACUGUCCUUGUCCCAAUGUACAGACACCAUUAACUUCAAAAAUAUUUAAUUCUAAGAGUAGAAAAUGUGUCUCCUCGUCAGUCCAAAAAUACACCAGCCUGGACUAGGCCAUGUUUUUCACAAUGUUGUCGUUUUUUCUGUGUACCAGCUUCUUCCAUUAUUCCCAGGUCAAAGCUCAGAGCUGGGAAGUGUGGAGCAUGUGUAGCACCGAGGCUUGUUUGGGUUAAGUUGAACGUUUACAUGCAAUAGUAAUUCAACUUCCAUCCGUAUUAUUACAAAGUCCGACUGUGAAUUUUAAAUUAGUACAAUUUCCGUUGAACUAACAUGUUGAUACAUGUUUUAAACGUACAAUUUUGUCGGACUAAUAAAAAUAACAAUGUUUUUUAA